CUAACAGGUUACUUAAGUGAACCUGGGCAAUCGAAUGAGAGUGCCCAAAUUCACGCUCAUUUAGACACCACAAAAGGUGUUAGUUCAUCUAGACAGCAGGACGGUGGCCAUGGAAUAGGCAGGCGUGAAGGUCGUGAAGAAGUCAUGGGUGUAAACCUUGAUGGAACGGUCUUUAGUGCAGAUCUUGGUGAUAGUAGCAAAUAUUCAAAUGAGAACUUUGAAGACUGA